AAAAGGAAGCGACCCAAAAGGCCCAAACCCUCCUCUCUCUUCCCCUCCCCAAACCCAAAACCUUUCGAUCGCAAGCGAGGCGCGGGGCGAUCGAACCAUGGACGCGGUGCCGACGGCGGCCGGCGGCGGCGCUGGUGGGGUAGGUUACGCGGACUCGGUGGACUCCUCGCCCCGCUCCCGCGGCGGCGAGUCCUGGGACGAGCCCUUCCCGACCUCCGCCGCCGCGGCGGCCUCCCGCCUCCGCCUCAUGUGCAGCUACGGGGGGCGUAUCGUCCCCCGCCCAACCGAUAAGUCCCUCUGUUACCUCGGCGGCGAGACCCGGAUCGUCGUCGUCGACCGCCAAUCCUCACUCGCCGACCUCUCCGCCAAGCUGUCCCGGAGCGUCCUUGGCGGCCUCCCCUUCUCCCUCAAGUACCAGCUCCCAAACGAGGACCUCGACUCCCUCAUCUCCGUUACCACCGACGAGGAUCUCGAAAACAUGAUCGAGGAGUACGAUCGCAUCAUCCAGUCCUCCUCCGCUGGCGCCGGUGGCGGAAGCAACAACGGCUCCACCCGCUCCAACCGCCUCCGCCUCUUCCUCUUUCCUUCCAAGCCGGAGUCCGCCCCCUCUUCGAUGGGAUCCAUCCUUGACGACUCUAAGUCCGAGAGUUGGUUCGUCGACGCCCUCAACAGCGCCAUGGGCAUCGGAAUCGACGGCCUACCCCGCGGCCUCUCCGCCGAUUCCGCCUCCGUCAACUGCCUUCUCGGCCUUGAGGACGACUCCUCCACCCACUCCCGCGGCGUCAUCGUCGGCGGCGCGGGCCCCGGCGCCGCCGCCGCCUCCGAGGCCGAGCAGCUCAUCCUCCCGCGCCCGGAUUCCUCCGGGAAGCUCGCCCGCCACGGCCAGGACGUCCACUCCGUCCCGGACUCCCCGAUGCUCGAUACCACCUCCUCCUUCGGAUCCACCUCCUCGGCCCCCUCGCUCUCCAACCUCCCCCCGAUCCGCGUACGCCCCGAGGAUCGUCCCCCCGAUCAGCGAAUCGGCGGCCUCGAGGACCACUUCGCCUACAUGAACCUCUCCUCCGCCGCCACCGCUGCCGUCAUCGCCGGCCAGCGACCUGACGAGGGCUACAAAGACCCCAACUUUCCUCCCCACUACCCUCCUCCCCCUUCUAAUCCCCCUCCUACUGCCUCCGCCUCCACCCCCACCAUCUCCCCCUCCGAGAACUCCAGCCGGGUCUUCUCCGACGACGAGAAGUCCGACCACGGCGGCGUCCGCAAACCGCCUCCCGCCCCCCAGCCCAAGCCCACCCCGAUCGAGGCCCCCAUCUCCGAUUCUACCACCAGACCCAUGUACUACCAGGAGAGGGCUUCUCCCGCAGCGGCCGUCAACCCUGCAUCGGAACCAAAACGUGAAGUGCCGGCCUCCGUCGAUCCCAGCUAUAGAGUUCCGAUGCAGGUACCCGAUUCCGGGUAUAUGCUGCCUCCCAUGCCGCCGGAACAGCUCCAGCAGCAGCAUCGCCACCAUCAGCAGCCGCAAUUUAUUUCGGCCAAUCCCCAGUACAUCCACCACCCAGUGACCGGCGCCGUCGUCCCCGUCCACUCUUACUAUCAUCAGAUCCAGCAAUCGCAGCAGCCCCACCCCUACGAUCACCAGAUCCCCAUGUACUACCUUCCUGUCCCCCAGAACCCGCAGGCCUACAAUCUCUCGGCAGUGCCGCCCAAUAUGCCGGAUCCCUCUGCCGCAAAGCCCUCCGUGCCGCUCCUCAGAACCCCUGUAAAGCCUGCUGAAUUGCCGUCGAAUUUGUAUAGGACUGCGGCCACCUCUGCCCCGCCCCCUGCUGCACUGCAGCCUCCUCUGAUCCAUUUGGCGGCCGAUCAAGUCCCCCACCAGUAUGCCGGAAUGGGAUAUCAUGUGAUGCAUCACCACCCGUCUCAGGCCCCAGCAGCAAUGGCCAAUUAUGGUUAUGAAUACGUUGACCCUGCCCAUGCCCAGAUGUACUAUUCUCAGGCUGGUUCGCCGCCGGCAUUGGCCCCGCAGUAUCAGGCAGUGAGCUCUGCAGCUGGAAUUCCGGAUUCACUGCCCGGGGAUGGGAAGCAGGCUAGAGCAUCGUGAUCUCUGGUUGUGAUUGAGCUCUUGGAGGGAGAUUUUGGUGGUGGCGCGGGGAACUACAGUAAGCUUUCUUUCUCUCUGUCUUUAAAGUCAUGUGAACUCUUAUCAUUACUCGGUUUUGAUAUUGGGAAGUGUUGUUUAGUGUUGGUCAUAAUGUCCUGUAUUCGUAUUAUGUCUUGCGUCGAAAGUAUUCGUAUUAUGUCUAUCUAUGUUGUGAUAGGAAUAAAGGGUAAUGGGUGUCAAAGAGUCUCCUUUGGUUGUGUUUAUCUUGUCAUUGUUCUGCUCUGUGAAGCAGAAAACUGUGAUGCUGGUCUGUUGUGUCUUGAAUAAAUAUGCGGCAGUAUUUGAAUGAUAUCUCUUUAUGUAUAUAAGAAACAGCUACGUUUCAGAA